AUGACGACAAACCCGGACAUUGAGUCGGAUAUCCCCCAUGAGGUGUACUCCUUCUUCAGGGCGCUUAACAAGGCGGUUGACUCGUGGGAUACAAGCCUCCUGCAUGACUUGUAUGAGAACCAAUUCCCAAACCUCACACAGAACUUCUACAUGGCCGGUCCUGGGCAGUUCCGCCCAUGGCCUUCGUUGCGGAUAAAACCCGUUGCUGAUUGCUUUAAAAAUCGUACUGCCGAGCAGCUGUACUCGUUUCUGCGUUUCAAGCACCUCUUUACUGACCGUGCGGUGAGCCAAAAUGACGCCAAGUCUUCAUGGGACACGUUCAACAACCUCUUUAAUGCCCUUCCCUCUGGGAGCUGCGAUGUGCCAAACUGGCUUCUGUGGGACAUCUUUGACGAGUUUCUCUUUCAGAUGACUGUGGUGUACCAGAAACGCUUUACAGGAAGGGUUGGGUGGUCUGUGAAUGAGGCGAUGCAAUUGAUGGAAAAGGUGGUCGCAGAGUCCGGCAUUGAGGAGGUUAUUCAAGCGGAGACUUCCGAUGAAAUUACGAAGCCAGGAGCUAAACAUGCGCAGUGGAUGUGUGGCUUUUUUGGAAUCAUCACGACGGCCAAAGUUAAUGUGCUGCUGGGUGACUAUAUGGGCGCGUUAACUACUUUAAAGCCCUUGGACGUUUACGGUCGUGGUCGACAAGUCCUAACUGUGGUGGCCCCGGCAAAUGUGUCGCUGCUGUAUCAUAUGGGCUUCAGUUAUCUGAUGCUUCGACGCUAUGCGGAUGCCAGUCGUGUUUUCCGUCUCAGCUUGUCCACAAAGGUAAUGAACCGCAAAUUUUCAGAAAAGAUGCAGUUUGAUUGUGCCUACAUGUAUGUUGUCUCCUGUAUUCUGGGCGGUAUGCAGCCUGAUAAUUUGAGCUGGUUGAUUGAGCCAAGAAAGCUGUCUACCUUUGAGGAUGACAAGGAACUUUUGUCAGCGGGCGACGAGGAGCGAUUCCGUGAGGUGUUUGAUCGCUGUAGCCCAAAGUUUCUUGCCAUUCCUCCCAUAGCUAUUAGUGUCUACAAGGGCACAGAGGGUAAAGAGCUUCAGGCGCGUCUGUUUCGGCGAGCAGUGAAGCAGCAGGAGGAUAUCAUUAAGUUGCGUGGGUUUUUUGGCGUGUACCAAACUACAACGACAGAACUCGUGAAAACUGUCUUAGACGUGGAAGAUGGACAUUUGCCGUUGUUUGCGAUGAAGCUACGCUAUCGCCAGCUUGUACACGAUGGGUCAUCGGCGGACCUUCUCUCCGGGAGCUACGCCGUCCGUUCAGCUCUCGACUACACAGUUAAGGGAGAAAACAUUGAUGUGGUGCAGAAGUCCUCCUACCGCACAACCGAAUCCAAGUAUUUUAUGCGCAUUAAUAACCUGCGCCGGCGAUACAGGCAUUUUGAGAAUCAACGACAGGAGCGGCGCCAGCCACAACACAUGUCAGGUGCCAGCUGA